GAAUGGGGACACAAAAUAAAAAUCGUUCGAUAAUGUCGAUUGUAUUGGGGGUUUUUAACUAUAUAAACGAGCGCCAUCAAAUUGUUUACGACAGCUGACAAUGUAAUCAACACAAAUCAAGGAAAAUUGCGAUUUGCGCGGGAAAACUGCUACCUUAUCGUAGAAAACAGCCUGAGCUACCUAAUGACAAGCAUGCAACGCGCCGGCAGCAGCACGGAGGAGCGCACGCCGCUCGUGCAGCCGACCUACGUGUUCGAGUCCAGCAUCUCCCGGAGCUACCAGAAACGACUGCGCAAGUUCCAGUGCGCUAUAUGCGUGAUACUCAUAGUAAUCCUCUCGGUAGCAAUGUUGGUAACAGUAUCCUACAACCUGAAUGGAGAUGAAAUCAUCAAAACGACAGUUCCUACACCUGUGGUCAAUUUGUCGGGGACUAACCCCGAUAUGGCGCCUUUGCUGCAGAUGACCUGGCCUUUGGAAGGACCACCACCUAGAAAGUGGCCUAACAAACCUAUAGCCAAAGCGGACAUAGCGGCAGCAGUCGCCCAGGGGAAUGACGCGUUACGCAAACGCAGUAUCAUGGAGAGUACUCUCAUUCCCCUGGAUAUUGAUUCUCCUGCCUCCAGGGCACAGAGAGCAGCCGCUACUUCAGCUGAUGUGAAACCCUUGGCGGACUCCGCGUACGCAGCCGAACAAGCCACCAGGAUACUGAUUAAUGAAACAGAAGCACCCACCUACGACGGUAGCGUGGGCAUAGGGCCAGACAUAAACGGUUCAUUCCCAGAGCCGCCAUACUGCAAGCCGCAGAACACCCCCUGUGUGGUGUCGAAGUAUAGAAGCCAGGACGGGACGUGCAAUAACUUGCAGAAUCCCUUGAGGUGGGGGGUGUCUAACACCCCGUUUAGGAGAGUCCUAGCAGCAGAUUAUGGGGAUGGUAUAAGCUCACCCCGCACGGGCAAGAACGGCUCUUUGCCCAGCGCCCGUGACGUGAGUGUGACCGUGCACCGGCCGAGCUACGCGCACGACUCCACCUUCACCGUCAUGCUCGCCGUGUGGGGACAGUUCAUAGACCACGAUAUCACUGCCACCGCGCUGAGCAAGGGUGCAAACAGCUCAUCCCUCCAAUGCUGCAAGACAGGUCAGCAACUGCACCCAGAGUGCUUCCCAGUAGAGCUGGACAAAGAGGAUCCCUUCUACCAGAACUAUAACAUCACUUGCAUGGAGUUUGUGAGGUCUGCGCCGGCGCCUACUUGUUAUUUUGGUGCCCGCGAGCAACUAAACCAAGCAACCGCAUUCCUGGACGCUUCCGCAGUAUACAGUUCAGCGGAACUCAAAACCCUGCGCCUGCGCACGGGAACUAACGGUACUCUGCGCAUGUUGAAGGCAAGAGCUGGAGAUCUACUGCCACCCUCCACUGAUCCCAAGGAUGGGUGUAAUACCGUGGAAAUGAAUGCGAAAGGACGAUACUGUUUUGAGUCUGGUGACGACAGAGCAAAUGAGAACUUACACCUCACAACCAUGCACUUGAUCUGGGCACGUCAACAUAACCGUGUGGCUACACAGCUCCAACGGCUCAACCCGCACUGGGAUGAUGAGGUGGUGUUCCAGGAGACACGGAGGAUCCUGGGUGCUCAGAUGCAGCACAUCACGUAUGCUGAAUUCCUGCCUGCUAUACUGGGUAUGGAUGUGAUGUGGGCGCUGAACCUGACGCUGCAAAGUGAGGGCUACUCCAGUGCGUACGACCCUACAGUUGAUCCUUCUAUGGCGAAUCAUUUUUCUGCAGCUGCCUUUAGAUUUGCACAUACUUUGUUACCAGGUCUGAUCCAGCACGUGGACCUGCAGACGGGCACGGUGAGCUACACGCAGCUGCACGAGAUGCUGUUCAACCCGUUCGCGCUGUACGCGCGGGACACGCGGCACGGAGCCGUGCGCUCCGCCAUGCACACCCCCGUGCACAGCGUACACCCGCACGUCACUGCUGAGCUCAGCAACCACUUAUUCGAGCGACCCAAAGCGAACUCCUCCCUCGCAUCGCCAGACGCCAUUCCCCACCCGUGUGGUCUGGACCUGGUCUCCCUGAACAUCCAGCGGGGACGAGACCACGGUCUGCCCGCGUAUCCCGCGUGGAGGGAACUGUGCGGUCUACCCAGACCGACUAGCUUUGAUGAUCUACAGGGCGUCUUUGAUGAUAUGUCGCUGAGUCGGAUCUCGAAUAUUUAUAAGAGCGUAGAUGACAUAGACCUGUACACAGGAGCACUAGCAGAAGACCCACGAGGGCGUCUGCUGGGAGCCACUCUCACGUGUCUGGUAGCAGACCAGUUCUACCGGAUCAAGGUCGGCGAUCGGUUCUGGUACGAGACCGACCAGACUGAUGUGCGGUUUACGCUUGAACAACUAUACGAAUUGCGCAAAUCAACCCUUGCUGGGGUAAUAUGCGCGAAUGAAGAACUCCUGGACCAAGCCCAGCCCCGGGUGAUGGAAGCCCUGAGUGCCACCAACCCCCUGAUAGACUGCAAGGAACUGCCCCAACCCAGCUUCACCCCCUGGAAGGAAACACCCCCUAAAGAGGGGAAAAUGGGGGGGAGGAAUGGGAGAACGUAGUGGGGUAAAAUGAUAGAAAAAUUCGUGAUAUAGAUGGAUGGAUGAUUUUUUGUUCUUAUCUCGUUGUUUAUUUUUUAAUGCUUUUUGUUAGAUUUUUUAGAUAUAAUGUUUUUUUUUCAGUUACAGUAGUUUUUGAUUGGGUUCUUUUUUAUCUUGGAUAUUAUGCGUGCUUAAUUUUUUUUAAAUAACAAGAAUAUUAAGUGGAGGAUACAAGACAAAUGUUACUUUUUUCUGGUUUGUAAGAAAAGUUACCGCUACAUUUAAUUUUUUCAAUUAUUUGUUCUAGAUGUAGAUCUUAUAAAUAAAAAUACAAUAGAAAUAAAUAAUCACCGAAGAUAUUAAACACUGUUAAAAAUAGAAAUACAUAUCCUAACUUAGAUCAUGAUCUAUUUCUUGUUACAGCUUUCUCAUAUUUUUAUACAUAUUGUUAAUAAAUGUUGCUUGUUUAUUCAAUGAUAAAUAGUAAAUACAUAUAUACCGUUUUAUAUUAUUCACAUCUACUAGUUUUACAGAAUAAUAUUGUAGGUAAAAAUAUGUGUGACUAUGUUUUGUCGUCGAUUCAGACAGAAAGACAGACAUAAACUUAAAUAUUUUAUUUCUGUUACGAGUCACAUAUUUUCAUGCAAAUAAUUGAAAACAUAGAAAUUAAAAAUUUUUAACGCGAUUUAUUCAUUACUAGCUGUUCCCCGCGGUUUCACCCGCAUUGCUCCGCUCCUGUUGGUCUUAGCGUGAUGAUAUAGCCUUCC